AUUUAUAUGCACCAAUAUAGCAAUAUGUAGCAAUAUAUACCAAAAUAUUUCACUACGACGCUUAAAGAAUGUGACACGCCCCGUGAACCUUUGGCGCAAAUGAAUCGUUUCCCGUUUUUGAAUCGCUUCGGAAGAGAUCCGCCCUCCACACAGAUACAGUAAAUAUGGCUGAACGCGGUAGUGAUUCUCGAGUUGAUAUUGUAGCAAACCAUGUGUCCAAGUCAAGUGAAGCUGACCUCAGAAGUGUUCUGGUUACAAGUGUUUUGAAUUUAGACAAGCUCGACACCGACCUGUUCAGAGGGACACAUCACUGGGUUCCUCGCACUAAGCGCCUGUUCGGGGGCCAGAUUGUUGGACAGGCUCUUGUAGCUGCAGCCAAUUCUGUCAGUGAUCAUCUCUAUGCCCAUUCACUGCACUGCUACUUUGUGAGAGCAGGGGACCCAAAGGUGCCUGUGCUGUACCAGGUGGAAAGGACUCGGGAUGGCCGCAGUUUCUGUGUGCGAUCUGUCAAAGCUAUUCAGCGCGGUCAGCCCAUCCUGAUCUGUCAGGCGUCGUUUCACAUGCAGCAGCCGAGUCCACUGGAGCAUCAGUUCAGCAUGCCGUCCGUGCCCCCGCCGGACACACUGCUCACCAUAGAGGAGCUCAUUCAGCGCUACCUCAGCGAUCCAAAUCUGGCAGAUAAUACACGACAGGGUCUGAAUAAAAUACUUGCUGAUGAAGUUCCUAUAGAGAUCAAGCCAGUCAACCCACCUGAUUUCUAUCGGCGUGUUGCCAUGGAACCAAAGAAAUUAUUCUGGGUGCGAGCGAGAGGACAUAUAGGACCUGGUGAUAUGAAACUGCACUGUUGUGUGGCAGCGUACGUAUCGGACUACUCGUUCCUGGGCACGGCCCUGUUACCUCACCCAAAUCACAGGGCCCAGUUUUCCGCCUCGCUGGAUCAUGCCAUGUGGUUUCACAGCACAUUCAGAGCAGACGAGUGGAUGCUGUAUGAGUGCGAGAGCCCGUGGUCAGGAGGCAGCAGAGGCUUUGUCCAGGGCCGCUUGUGGAGACAGGAUGGCGUUCUCGCAGCUUCCUGUGCACAAGAGGGAGUGAUACGAGUGAAGACGGUUUCUCAGAGUAAAUUAUAGAGGAUUCAAAAUAUACUAAG